AUUGAAUUUAGGAUAAUUAAAUACAAAGUGAAUGAAUUAAAUAAAUUUUGUGUAAUUUAUGUCAAUGUUGAACAACUUCAAAUAAAAAUAAAGGAUGGAAAUGUUCCUGAGAAUUUUAACAACUGCAAUUAUUCUCUUAUGGAGUAUUCAAACAUAUAAAUGCACAGAAGGAUAUAAACCAGCAACAGAAGAAAACGUGGAGAAAGUUUUAGUUAAUGGUAUAGCUGAGAUAAAAUGUGAUGUUUCAUCAAACAUUGAUAAUGAUCAAGUAUUAUUAGUUGUGUGGUACAAAAAUAAUCUUCCAAUAUAUAGCUACGAUACUCGAGGAAAUCAUGCAGGUACUCCAUCACAUUGGAAGGAUGAAGAGAUUUUAGAGAAUCGAGCAAUAUUUAGAACUAUAAGAUCCCCAGCGGAGUUAGUCAUAAAACCCGUUAAGGAGAAAGAUGCUGGAAACUUUAGAUGUCGUGUAGACUUUAAACUUUCGCCUACAAGAAAUAGUAAUGUAAAUCUUCAAGUUGUAGUUCCACCUUCUGUACCUGUAAUUUAUAAUGAACAAAAUGAACCAAUCGAGACUCGUGCUGGUCCAUACGAAGAAAGCGGCCAACUAAUAUUAACAUGUGUGGUAAUGGGAGGUUCACCAGCUCCGAAGGUGAAAUGGUUUGAAAACGGAAAGGAAUUGCCAACAGAAGCAAAUGACUUCUCUUAUCCAUCUAGAACAACAAAUAAACUAAUAGUUAAGAAUUUAGCACGUACACACCAACACGCUAUUUACACAUGUCAAGCGUCUAAUUUUCCCAAUAAAUUUGUAUCCAAAAAUAUUACAAUAGAAUUAUAUUUACGACCAUUAGAGGUAGAUAUUCUAUUCAACAAUCAGCCUUUAUCAGCAGACAGGCAAUAUGAGGUUCAAUGUCAAACGACUGGAUCACGACCGCCGUCCAUUAUAACGUGGUGGAUGAAUGGUGUAGCACUCGUUGCACAGCCAUCAAAAACAUCUCCAGAUGGAAACGUUACAAUAUCAACGUUACUGUUUACGCCAAUAAGACAAGACAACGGUAAAAGUUUGGUGUGUCGUGCUACAAAUGAGCUCGUACGAAAUGGAAUUAAGGAGACAACACUAAAAAUGAAUGUUUUCUAUCCUCCUUCUGUAACAUUACAACUUGGCUCAAGUCUAAAUCCAGAAGACAUCGAAGAGGGAGAUGAUUGCUAUUUUGAUUGCAAAAUAGAAGCAAAUCCGAGAACUUAUAAAGUCGUUUGGAGACAUAAUGGUUUGCCAAUAGCACACAAUGCAAAACGAACAAUCAUGAGUAGUGAUAGUCUUGCCUUGCAAGGAGUCACAAGAUAUCAAGCUGGAAAUUAUACCUGUGUAGCAUCAAAUGUCGAGGGAGAUGGUGAAAGCAAUGUUGUUGAAUUAAAAGUUAUGUAUAAGCCAAUAUGUCGCAAUGAACAAAAACGCAUUUAUGGUGUGGCACGAAAUGAGGCAGCAGAAAUUUUAUGUGAAGUUGAUGCUUAUCCUCCACCGGAAUCAUUUAAAUGGUCAUUUAACAAUACAGCAGAAACAUUUGAAAUGCCGCAAAGUGAUUAUAGAAUACAUUCAUCACAAGCAUCAACGCUGUCGUAUAUGCCAGUGAAGGAAAUGGACUUUGGCACGAUAUUAUGUUGGGCGAACAAUGCAGUGGGGCAGCAAAAGGAUCCAUGCGUAUUUCAUUUGAUUGCAGCCGGAAAACCAGAUAUUCCAUAUAAUUGUACGCUUGUUAAUCAAACCUCUGAAUCACUAGAAGUUGAUUGCAUUGAAGGCUUUGAUGGUGGACAACGUCAGUGGUUUAUCAUGGAAAUAUUUGAUCAUCAAACAAAUGUAUUGCAAGCGAAUAUUUCAUCAAAAUAUCCUGUGUUUACAGUAAAUGGACUUGAUGCUGGCAAGAUACUAAAAAUCUUUAUUUAUUCCAUGAAUGUAAAAGGGCGAAGUGAUUCUGUGAUGCUUGAAGCAUACACACUAAAAGCGGCAGAAAAACAAACGGGUCAAUAUGAAACAUUUGAUAGCUCAACAAUGUUAUCAUUUGGAAUACUAGUUGGUCUUUUGACUGCACUCGUAUGUGUGAUUAUUGGUAUUAUUGUUGUGCUGAAAAUUCGUACUGCCAAUAGUAAAAAAUCAAAUAACAAACAACGUCCUGGCAAUUUGCCGAUUAAAGAGAAAAUUUCGGUGCCUUUGAGUCAAUCGGAAGAGAUGUAUGAUGAGAAGAAUCCUGAUGUUGUACCAUCCACAGAAGAUCCAGAGUAUAAAUUAAAGUCAGCAAAUCAGACUCCAACAGCUUUAAAUAAUGCCCUUACAAAUAGUCAUGAGAUCACUCGGAGCAUUAUGGAUGAGAGGAAAGCAUAUAUAAAAGGGGCGGGUGAAGUUCAUUAUGCUGAGCUGACAUUACAGAUGCCAAAAGACGAGACAAAAAAUAUCCUUAAUCACACUACAAAAAAGCCUCUACCACCAGCAUAUUCUGCGUAUUUUGACGAUCCUACAAUGUACGCUCAAAUUGAUCAUUGUAAUUAUAGUAAAUCAUCAACAGCAACGCUACUCGGCUCAAGUGGGCAGAAUCUCAAUAAUGGAAGCUUAAAGACUGCUGGAGGAAAUGUACUGAUGAAUGAACAUAAUUCUACAUCACAUCAAUAUAAUCAAUUGAUAUCGCCAUUAACGCAUUCCUCUAAUCCGAAUCCGUCGACUAUGCUCAUAUCGGGUAGUGUUGUUAGUACUGCUACAACGCCAACUUAUACUUCUAUUACAAAUAGUGGGGUUGCAUCUCAAUAUCAAUCAAAUAAUUAUCACACUCAAACAUUACCAUUAUUAACAUCAUCAACAAACAACAAACAAUUUUUACGUGACCUUGUAACAGUUAAGACGCCAUUGUCUUUUUCAGAACAAGAAAGUUGUGUCUAAUUACUAAUACUCAUUUUUUUCAUUAUUUUACUAUCAUCGCCGUCGUCAUAUUUGUCAUCAUUGACUUAUAAUGCUAAACGCCAUUUGUCUACUGGCUCUCUCAUCUUUAGUCACUUUAUUCUAGUUUUUUUUUCCUUAUUUUAUUUCACAAAAGUGAUUUGUACUUUUCAAAUGCUUUAUAAUCAGUUUAAAUUUCCAAACCUUUUAAAUCGGCUCUUGAUUAAAUAAAUGUUAUUAAUAAUUUAGAAAAAUCAAAUAUCUCAUGUAGAAAGAUGAAGAAAAACACCAGAAAAUAGAAAUCAAAAUUCAAGCAACUCGACAAAAGAUUUUUCAUUUCAUUUAAACUGAGAAUUUUAUUCUUGUCAUGUCCUGUUUUAAUGAUCAUU